AUGUUCGACGAUCUACGCGGCCGACCUUUGACAUGGAGUGUUACUGCAGCUUGUGCAAGCGCUUACCUCCUCUUCGGCUACGACCAGGGAGUCCUUGGAGGUCUGGUCACCCAGCCUACCUUCCUCAGUGCCAUGGGUGACCCGUCUUCCCUGUAUCUGGGAACAAUCGUUGCCCUCUACAACAUUGGAUGCCUGGCUGGCUGCGUGGUGGCAGCGGUAUGGGGCAACAAGGCCGGCCGCAGGAAUUCCGUCCUGUGGGCGUGCGUGGUCAUGCUCAUUGGUGCCAUCAUUCAAUUCACCGCCUAUGGCGCUCCCCAAAUGAUCGCGGGACGAUUGAUCUCCGGAGUGGGCAAUGGCGUGAACACUUCGACAGUCGGCAUCUACAUCUCAGAGAUCUCUCCAGCUGCCCGUCGCGGCAGAGGAGUGGCUGCCCAGCUAUCCUGCGUUAUCUUUGGCACGGUGAUGGCGUAUUGGAUCGAUUACGGCACCAUCCGCAGCCUGUCGGGCAGUAUCGUCUGGAGGUUCCCGAUUGCGUUCCAGUGCAUCUUUUUGAUAGUGACCAUCAUCAUGCUCACGUUCCUUCCGGAUACUCCCAGGUGGCUGUUCGCAGCUGGUCGCAAAGUCGAGUCAGUGGAUGUUCUAUCCCGUCUACUAGACCUUCCGCCAGAUAGCGCGGAGGUUCGGGGCAUCGAGAACGAGAUGCAAGCGGCGUGGGAACUGGAGAAGAUGAACGGCGAGUUCAAAUGGUCCAGUCUCUGGCGGGAAAAGAGCGACGUCAAGAAAACCAGACGACUCGUCCUCUGCUUCAUGAUCUAUCUGUUUCAGAUGUUCACUGGCAUCAACGUCAUUGCCUUCUAUGUCACUAUUGUUUUGGAGGUGUAUGUCGGAUUUGAUCGCGAGACGAGCAGUCUGGUCGCUGGUUGCAUCCAGAUUGCUUUCUGGCUUGGCACACUUCCGCCAUUGUGGACUCUCGACCGAUUUGGACGCCGAAAGACUAUGAUAUGGGGCGGCAUAGGCCUGUCUGUGGCUUUGAUCAUCUUCACUUCCGGCAUUGCGGUCGCCACCCCCGCGUCAAGCCGAAUGGCACUGGCCUUCUUGUUUCUCUUUGAGAUCAUGUUCGGCAUGUCCUGGGAUACCAUUCCCUGGGUCUACGCUGCAGAGAUCACCCCGCUGGACAUCCGUCACAUCGGUACAGCUAUUGGCGCGUUCUCUGAGUGGCUCUGGACAUUUGUGAGUGUACCUGAGAUAAUGGUUGGAAGACUACAACCGCUGACCCCUCGUAAGGUUGUCGCGAUGAUCACUCCAUAUGCGAUUGAGAGCUUGGGGUGGAAGUACUACCUCCUCUACUGCAUCAUGACCGUCCUUGCUGUGGUCUUUACGUACUUUUUUGUGCCAGAGACCGCAAACAAAACACUGGAAGAGAUCGAUUACGUUUUCUGCAAAGACGGAAGUCCUCCAAGUAUCCAUCAAGGCGGCCAGAUCUCUGGCGAAUCCCUCAUGAUGGGGAAGCAGCAAACUUCGAGCGGAAAGUUUGAGCACGGAGCAGAACAGGUGUGA